AUGUUUUUCUCACAACCCGCGCACCUCGCCAAGGCGGAGGAGCUGAAGCAGUCGCCCCCUAAGGGACAGCCGUACUCUGUCGCUAUCCCUGGAACUGAGCAGCCUGGUCGUACCCGGAUAUACCGGGCAUGGAAUGCGCAGAAGGAGCUUUUGACCACAUUGGAUCCUCAGGUCGUCACUGCCCAUGACAUGUUCGAGUCGACUGCCAACCGCCAGCCCAAGAACCACUGCCUCGGCUGGCGCCCCUUUAACCCAGUCACCAAGGCCUUCGAUGCCUACCAGUGGCUUACAUACGAGCAGGUCCAGAAGCGUCGCGCUGCGUUUGGUGCUGGUCUGGUUGAGCUGCACCACAAGCACCAAGUCCAUAAGCCCGGCCAGUAUGGUAUUGGUCUCUGGUGCCAGAACCGCCCGGAGUGGCAGAUUACCGAUCUGGCCUGCAUGUCUCAGGGUCUGUACUCGGUCUCCAUUUACGAUGUGCUUGCCCCCGAUGCUACCGAGUAUAUCAUCAACCACGCAGACUUGAGCUGUGUCGUUACCUCUCUCCCCCAUAUUCCCACCCUCCUCAAGCUCAAGCAUGCCUUGCCCAACCUCAAGAUGAUUGUCAGUCUUGACCCUCUGGACAGCGGUGAGCAGACCGGUCACUCUAAGCGUGCCCUGCUUGAGUCAAUUGCCGCUGAUCAGGACCUCUCGAUCUACACUAUUGAUCAGGUCGAGGCUUUGGGAGAGGCCUCCAAGCGUGGAUACAACCCUCCUUCGCCCUCGGACAUCGUCACCAUUAACUACACCUCUGGCACUACCGGCCCUCCCAAGGGUGUUGUUCUGACCCACAAGAGCGCCGUGGCUGCCACCUCUGCCGGUCUGAUCACUAUCGGCCAGGCUCGGGGCGACACUAUGUGCUCUUACCUCCCUCUCGCUCACAUCUACGCCCGUCUUGCCGAGCACACUGCCUUCUGGGGCGGUGCUCGGAUUGGUUACUUCCACGGUAACAUUGUGGAGCUGGUCGAUGAUUUGAAGCUGCUGAAGCCCACUGGCUUCAUGUCCGUGCCCCGUCUGUACAGCCGCUUCGGUACCGCAGUGCGGGCUGCCACCGUCGAGGCCCCCGGCUUCAAGGGUGCUAUGUCGCGUCACAUUGUUGCAGCCAAGACUGCCAACUUAAACAACCCUGACCGCUCCAAGGCCACCAUCAAGCACGCCCUCUACGACCGUAUUUGGGCCAAGAAGGUCGCCGCCGCUCUCGGUCUCGAGCGCGCCCGCUACAUGGUCUCUGGCUCGGCUCCUCUCGACCCGACUCUGCACAACUUCCUGCGCAUCGCCACCGGUACUGACAUCGUGCAGGGCUACGGUCUCACCGAGUCCUACGCCUGCGCUACUGCCCAGUCCACCGACGAUCUGUCCUCGGGUAACUGCGGUCGUCUCGCCCCCUGUACCGAGGUCUGCCUCGUUUCCCUGCCAGACAUGGAGUACUCUGUCGAUGACAAGCCCUACCCCCGUGGCGAGCUGCUCCUGCGCGGUAACAACAUGUUCAGCGAGUACUUUAAGAACCCCGAGGAGACCUCCAAGGCCAUGACCGAGGACGGAUGGUUCCGCACCGGUGACGUGUGCCAGAUCGACGAGAUGGGCCGCAUCAUCAUCAUCGACCGACGCAAGAACGUGCUCAAGCUCGCACAGGGCGAGUACAUUUCCCCUGAGCGUCUGGAGGGUGUCUUCAUGUCUGAGCUGGGUUAUCUCGCUCAGGCGUACGUGCACGGUGACAGCAUCCAGACCUUCCUGGUUGGUAUCUUUGGUGUUUCACCUGACCUGUUCGCCCCCUUCGCUAGCAAGGUUCUGGGCCGUCCUAUCGCCGCGACAGACCUGGAUGCGAUCAAGGGGGCUCUGUCGGAGGAGAAGAUCCGUCGCGCGGUGCUGCGUGAUCUCGAGCGCGUUGCUAAGAAGCACCGUCUCGCUGGAUAUGAGCGUGUCCGGAACGUCUCGUUGAAGUUGGAGCCGUUCACUGUUGAGAAUAACCUGCUCACUCCCACUCUCAAGCUCAAGCGUCCCCCUACCGUCAAGGUCUACCGCCAGCUCCUCGAUAAGCUGUACGAACAGGCUCUGGAGGAGGAAUCUGCUCCCCGCGCUAAGCUGUAG